AUGAGCAAGACAACAAAAAGGGCCUCCAGUAUUAGGAGAUUGAUGGUGUUCGCAAUAAUAGCCCUCAUCUCUUUGGCGUUGGCAAUUAGAUAUCUAUUUCGCAGCUCCAAUGCUACUGAUUUACAGAAAAUCCUACAGAACUUGCCUAAAGAGAUUUCUCAGAGCAUCAAUAGUGCCAACAAAAUUCAAAACUCUGAUUCUGAUUUAGUUCAACAUUUUGAGAGUUUAGCCCAGGAAAUCAGACAUCAACAGGAAGUUCAAGCAAAGCAGUUUGAUAAACAACGUAGGAUCCUGGAAAAAAAGAUUCAAGAACUCAAACAAACUCCACCGGAGGCUACACUGAGAGAACGUAUAGCCAUGACUUUUCCGUACGAUUCGCAUGCUAAGUUCCCGGCAUUCAUUUGGCAAACGUGGUCCAAUGACGAAGGCCCUGAACAUGUUCAAGAUAUAAAGGGUAUGUGGGAAAGUAAGAACCCUGGCUUUGCACAUGAGGUGCUGAACCAUGACGUAAUAAAUGCGCUAGUACAUCACUACUUCCACUCUAUACCGGAAAUUCUAGAGACUUACGAGGCUCUACCAUCGAUAAUUUUAAAGAUUGAUUUUUUCAAAUACUUAAUUUUGUUGGUACAUGGAGGUGUUUAUGCAGACAUCGAUACUUUUCCCGUUCAACCAAUUCCCAACUGGAUUCCUGAAGAGUUGUCACCAUCCGAUAUUGGGUUAAUAAUAGGUGUUGAGGAAGACGCUCAAAGAGCAGAUUGGAGAACCAAGUAUAUCAGAAGACUUCAGUUCGGCACGUGGAUUAUACAAGCUAAACCCGGCCAUCCUGUAUUGAGAGAGAUUGUAUCUCAAAUCAUCGAGACCACUUUACAGAGAAAGAGGGACGACCAACUGAAUAUUAACCUAAGAAAUGAUUUGAACAUUAUGAGCUGGACAGGUUCUGGGUUAUGGACUGAUACAAUUUUUACAUAUUUCAAUGAUUUUAUGAGGAGUGGGAUUAGAGAGAAGGUUACAUGGAAGCUGUUCCACGACCUAAACCAACCAAAAUUGUUAAGUGAUAUUCUAGUCUUCCCAAAAUUCUCGUUUAACUGCCCAAACCAAAUCGAUAAUGAUGAUCCGCACAAAAAACUCUACUUUAUCACCCAUUUGGCUACACAAUUUUGGAAAAAUACGCCGAAGGUGGAGCAAAAGUAA